CGAGCAAAAAACAUUGUGAAAUAAUUUCUUUCGACUUUGGAUUUUAGAUCUACCUUUGCAUGAUUUAAGAUUGAAUUUUUACAAGCUAUGGUGGUUUUUGUCUACUGUGCAGUUUUGCAACCCAGUCUUCAGGUUUAUACAGAAUUAUGUUGAAAGUCAUUCCCUUUGAUUUCCUGUAAUUCAAUAGCAGUGGGUAAAAAUAUUUGUGGGGGCACAGAGCAGCAGAAACAUUAGAAGCAUAGCUGCAGCAGGAAGUCUUGCGUGAGGUGCCUGAGGCAGAUGUAACAGUUUACCAGAGCUUCAGUCUGAGAUGCAGCAUAGAGGGUUUCCAUGUUGUUGUUUUUCCAAAAGGGUAAACAGGAGCGAGGCAGCUAGAAAAGAUUCAGGGUGUUAGAUGUUAAUUUGUAUGGAACUCAAGAGGUACAGUUAACUAGCAGCUAAGCUAAUGGUAAAAAGCAGGUCAGAGGUUGAAGCUUUGUCCUUGAAUUUUUUGUCUAUUUUUAAUUUUUUUCUCUAGAGUUUAAGCUCCCUUAAAGGGGCAAACCUCUGUGAUUGCUCUAGUUUCAAAGGUCGUGUGUUUGGGUCAUGUCUCCAAACAGAACCACUGACCUCCUCUGACUAAAAGCUGAGAUCAGCCUGGAGAGGAAUGUAGGUUGUCACCAGAGCUAUUUUGGCAAUGUACAGCAGCUAAUGAUUGUGAUCACAGAGCAGAGCUCGGAGCAGUUGCUUUGCUUUCCUUUUUUCCUACCAGCAAGUUUGAUCAUGCAGCUCUCGCUGGCGCUGCAGGGAUUAGAGAGUUAAACGAAUGGCACGUCGGCUGCGCUUGCACUUUGCGUCAAGGAGAAGCAACACGGACCCUCUGUCAGAGAGCCUCAGCAGCCAUGGUGAGGAGAGUGGAGUCAGCGUGCCAGCUCGAAGCCCCGCAGAGAUUCUGGCGCAUAGUUCUGUCCACUUGAAGGUGACUCCUCUGUCACCAGACUAUGCUAAUUUACAGCGAUACUCUUCAGUAUUUAUACCCAGGGUGAACACUGGAGGAUCUAAUAAGAAGAGCAUAUUGCAGAUCGCACUGCAGCCCUGUGGAAAGGUCAGUGGAGAGCCGGAUGGCACUAUAGAGGAUGGAGACCCUGGGAGCAGCGAAGGAGGAGCAGGUAGUGGCUCUGACGGAGGCUCGUGCAGCAGCAGCAUGGCCAGCGAUGGCGGGUACUGUAGCAGCAACAGCAUCUUUGAGCCAGAGGCUCCGGAAAAGCACAGGACCACCCAGGAGAGGAGUCAACUCUGCCGCAAGUCGAAGGUCCCGCUGAGACGGUGCUCCUCCUUGGUUAUAUUUCCAAAGAGCCCCUGCAGCACCCCACCUGCUUCCCCAGUCAGUCCAGUGGCUCUACCUGCUCUCCCACCAUUGAGGGGGUCUCAUCAGUCAUCUCUUCAGACAUCUGCUGGUGAAUUCUCACAAGAUGAUGAGGAGGUGACUUGCAAAGGGUCCACCACUACGGCAGUAAGUGGCCGUCGUCUCACGAAAGGAAACUGUGCAGCCGAGUUCAGGGACACCAAACACAUGGUGCAAUUUAAUAUUCCUCUUCAGGAUGAACCAAAAGGCAAAACGGAGGAAAGGAGUAAAGUGAUGGAACUGUCCUCGAAUCUAGACAGAUCAAACCGUCACUCUAGCAGCGUUCUGCUACAUUUUGCCCACCAGAGACCAAUUAUUCCCGGGAAGGGAGCUGCAACCACGGCUACAGUCGCCAACCCAGUCGAGGGUGAACAUGAUCCUCACAAAAAACUGUAUCGUAGUACCUCUGCUUGUUUGUUCUCCUCAACUAAACCGUCAGAGAGAAACCAAAAGGUCUGCUCAGGAAAAGGCCAGGAAAUGCCAGAGGAAAACCAUUGUCAUCGUGCCAUACAAAGGAGCUUUUCUCUGGAGGUGCCCUACGCUAACACUGGAAUUUCAUGUCACGUUUCGAAUCCAAAACUCAGUAGCCCUUGCUCUCCACAUGUACAUAUUCAUCUGUCUCCUUGCUGCCCGGCUAAGCUGCCUAGCUCUGUCGCUGAUGUAAACCCAAACCACAAAGGGAAUAAUACACCAAAAAGCCCUGGUCAAAACCCCAAGACACGUGAUGACUUCCUGGGACAGGUGGACAUCCCAUUGAAUCAGAUCCCGACAGAAAAUCCUAACACAGAAAGGCCAUUUACAUUCAAGGAUUUUCUGCUUCACCCACGAAGUCACAAGUCUAGAGUCAAAGGACAUCUGCGUCUUAAAAUGACUUAUCUACCAAAAAACCCUGGAUCGGAAGAGGAGACAGCAGAUCAGACUGAGGACACGGAUCCUAGUUGGGAGUUUCUGGAGUCUCAGGACAUGUCAGGUCCCAGACAAAGCCAGAUGCUGCCUGCUCUGCCCCCUGGCUGGGAGGAACGGCAGGACAACCUGGGGAGAACCUACUUUGUCAAUCAUGAGAGCAGAACCACACAGUGGCAGCGACCCACAGUGCAAGACAAUAAUGUGGAGCUGCAAAGAAGACAGAAUAGUAAUACGGAAGUGGAGCAUGCUUUUAACACACGCAGACAGAUCUCAGACCCCGAUGAGAACACCACACGAGAGUCUCCUGAGAGCUGGGAGGUCAUUACAGAGGAUGAGGCCACUUUGAACCACAGCAAUAACCAGGUCACUGCACCCAGAACGCCUGUGCCCGAAUUCAACUCAUUCUGCGACGAUCUGAGGAACGUUAACAUUUCAUGGGCCUCAUCCAGUGAGCUGAACACCUCCCAGACAGAUCAUGCUAGUAAUUCACGCCAUUCCAGACUCAGAGGAAGUACCCGGUCUUCAGCAGGAGAGGAACAUCCCAUUAAUCCUGUGCUGCUUCCAACCUCAACUGGGCUUCCUCCAGGCUGGGAGGAGAAGCGAGACAAUAAAGGAAGACGCUACUACGUCAACCACAACAGUCGAACCACUUCAUGGACAAAACCCCUUGUUCAGAGAACUUCCGAUGUGCCUACAGCACCAGCAGCAGCACAGGGUGGUGCAGGUUCACCCCAGAUCCCUCCAUCCCAACCGCCUGCCCCCAGCGAAGAGUCUCCCCAGCACACCCCGAGCCCCGAGCCCACAUAUGAAUCUGGCUUCCUGCCCGCCGGUUGGGAGGUUCGCAGUGCUCCCAGUGGAAGACCAUUUUUCAUUGACCACAACACAAAGACUACUACCUGGGAAGAUCCAAGGCUAAAGAUUCCUGUGCAGCAGAGGAGAAGAGCCUCACUCGACCCAUCUGAUCUUGGAGUCCUGCCACCUGGUUGGGAGGAGCGAGUCCAUACUGAUGGGAGGAUAUUCUACAUAGAUCACAACACCAGGACCACACAAUGGGAUGACCCCAGAUUACAGAACUCAGCUAUAACUGGACCAGCAGUGCCUUAUUCCAGAGAUUAUAAACAGAAGUAUGACUACUUCAGGAAGAAGCUCAAGAAACCGGCUGACAUCCCAAACCGCUUUGAGAUGAAGAUGAGAAGAAAUGCGGUGUUCGAGGACUCAUACCGACGCAUCCUGUCAGUUAAAAGGGCUGACUUGCUGAAGGCACGACUGUGGGUGGAGUUUGAGGGAGAAAAAGGACUGGAUUAUGGUGGCGUGGCAAGGGAGUGGUUCUUCCUCAUGUCUAAGGAGAUGUUCAACCCGUACUAUGGACUGUUUGAAUAUUCUGCCACGGACAACUACACGCUGCAAAUCAACCCCAACUCAGGUUUAUGUAACGAGGACCACCUGUCCUACUUCAAGUUCAUUGGCCGGGUGGCAGGCAUGGCUGUCUAUCAUGGCAAACUGCUCGAUGCGUUCUUCAUUCGGCCUUUCUACAAGAUGAUGCUGCAGAAGCCGAUCACUCUCCAGGACAUGGAGUCUGUUGACAGCGAAUAUUUUAACUCUUUGAUGUGGAUUUUGGAGAACGACCCAACAGACCUGGAUUUGAGGUUCACCAUUGACGAGGACCUGUUUGGACAGACUCACCAGCAUGAACUGACGCCGGGUGGCACAGAUAUCGUUGUCACUAAUGAAACAAAGAAGGAGUACAUCCAUCUGGUGAUGCAGUGGAGGUUUGUGAACAGGGUACAGAAGCAGAUGACUGCCUUCAAAGAGGGAUUCUUUGAGUUGAUACCACAAGAUCUGAUCAAGAUCUUUGAUGAAAAUGAGCUUGAGCUCCUCAUGUGUGGUCUUGGAGAUGUGGAUGUGAAUGACUGGAGGGAGAACACCAAGUACAAGAACGGCUACGUGUCCAACCACAUCGUUAUCCAGUGGUUUUGGAAAACGGUGCUGUUGAUGGAUGCAGAAAAGAGAAUCCGGCUCUUGCAGUUUGUGACGGGAACAUCAAGGGUACCGAUGAACGGCUUUGCUGAACUCUAUGGGUCUAACGGACCACAGCUGUUCACCAUUGAGCAGUGGGGAACACGUGAUAAACUCCCCCGAGCCCACACAUGCUUCAAUCGGCUGGACCUGCCUCCUUAUGAGUCUUUUGAAGAGCUGAGGGAGAAACUCAACAUCGCCAUCGAGAAUGCACAGGGCUUCGACGGGGUGGAUUAGCCUCCUGCUGUUAGUGAGCUGAAAGGACAAUACUGCCGUCAGAGAGAAACAAGCUGUGCGUCAGAUUCGGGUCUUAACCUGCCAGAUGUGUGACAGAUGAAGGACAGUCACACAAUUUGCAACCUGUUGAGGCACAAGCAGAAAAAGGACAUAAAAUCUUGAGUGCUGGAGGUAUUUAAUAUCUCCGCAUGUGUUUUAAAGUUUACAAAGCAAAAAUUCUAAACUGUAUACUGUGUAACAAAACAAACAAACAAACAAAAACAUUUGUUUUAUUUGGGCUGAAUUGCCUCAGUUUCUCACAUCAGGUACCUACUAUAUUUUGGUCUUCACGUUGUAGUAAAUUAGUUUAGUUAUGUUAUGCAAAUGUUUUGAAUGGUCUGAAUUUCCGUAACUUGCCCUUUCACAACAUGUAGGUGCUGGAAAGAGGGAACCAUGGGUCAGAGCAGUCAAGCCCACUAUGACAGGUAUAUAAAUAUGUAUAUAAAAAUGUAUCCUGUCCAAUACCCUUCAACUCCAAAGUUAAUUGCACAGUAUGUUAUUUCCUCUCUAGGAAUCUCACAAUAAUGAACAAUGUAGUUUAAUGAUGUCAUGAAGAAGGGUGAGAUCAUGAGAGGUGUUGUUUAAUUGCUAAACAGCCACAGUUGUCAAUGAAAAUGUUAUCCAUCUCUGUCCAGUGGAACACAUGAGAUAUAAGCAUCUUUCUGUAGUUCCAGUUUGUCACAAAGUUUCAAAAGUCUUGGGUUGUUUGGUUGUACACGUGAGCUUUCAGACACAGCUGGCUUCAGUAAUUGCAAAAAAUGCCAGUGAGUCAUCAUGCUCGAUCACCGCCGAAAUAAAACAGUUUGUGUUGGAAAUCCUUGAAAAUGCUUGAGUUUUAAAGUGUUUUCAAGGUCUGAAAAGUUCUUGGAAUCUUGAUAAAGUACUUGAAAUUGUAACUGCAUUACUUUCAUGAAAAAUCGCCACCCAACUAAGUAGCUACAUUUUUAAAUAAAGAAAUAAAAAGUCCAAUAAAUGCAACUGGGCUGGCUUUCUGUAACUUUUUUUCUGUAACAGCUAGUGAUAGAAAAAACGGAUCAAAACUCAAAAAUGUAGGUUUACAUUGCAAGAUGCAUUGUGUUACAUCCCAAGGUUCAUGUAAAGCUUAAAAAUACACCUUUAAAUGCUUUAAAAGUGCUUAAAUCUGACUGCAAAGGUGUAGGAACCCUGAAUAUAAUCAAUAGUUAACAGUACAGUUCGCUGACUUCAUUCUUCACUCUCUGACGUAUCAUCUGGUGUUUCCCUAGAAGAGAUGCCCGUGUAAAGGAUAUGACUCCAUUGACAGGUGACAAAAUAAAACUCGGCGUUACCUUGAGUUUUGGAUCACUUAAAUAAACAACUCAACAGAAUAUAUAUAACUAAUGUCUAUUUAAGGCAUUUCAAUGCAGAAAUGUUACAUAUUAAAAGUCCCAAAUCCCUUUUAAAAAUGACAUUGCCCCAACAAGAACACUAGCUGAGGGCAACAGUAUGUAAGACGCAAAACUUGAAUGACUUAAAAAGGCAAUUCAGACUUAAUAAAACAAAUGUGAAGAUUUGUUCUAUUUUCUUGUCAUUUAGAUUCUAUACAUAAUUAAACAUUUUUCAUUCCAUCAUACUAGAAACCCUGAUGCAAAUCCCAAAUAUAUGCACCUCAAAAGCAUUUGUAGCAGUUUGAGUGACUACUUAAAGCACGUGUCAUUUAAUCAUUUAUGUAGUGAUGUAUCACCACCAGGACCAGUAACAGGCUAAACUAAUUAUACAGUAGUUUGUGUCUGUGUAGGCCACAUAUCCAAAGAAGUGAGUUCAUGCAGUGUUAGAUUGUGCUGAAAUACUAUGCAUUAUUAUUGUACAUACUGAUAUUGUUAUUAUAUACACAAAUAUACUGUACAUACAAAUAUAAAUUUGCCUUCUACAAAAGGAUGAAGCAUUUAUUAAAACUGUAAAAGUGACUCAGAAUGACAAAUUGGUUAUUGGUGCACCUCCUCAUCCUCAUCCGUGUGUCAUUUAUAAUCAAUAGCCACUCGUACUCAAGUUCAACACUGACUGUGUUUUAGAUGAAUAUCUAUAAAUGUAUAUACACAUUAUAUGUCCUGGCCAGUAGCUUAUAGAAACAUUUAUCGACAGACUGGCCUUAUCAUACAGUAUGUGAAUUAUGUCUUGUUGUUAAUGAGUGAUAUCAUUUUGUUUUCUUCUACUCAUCAUGGGUGUCUAAUUGCAGCACAGUGCUCUAUUUUUACGAGUACAACUUUAAAGAUUGUUUUGUUGGUUGUGUACAGAUUCUUGUCUGUUUUCAAGAAGAGUCAUCACUUGUAAUCCCUGUGUAGGAAAGCAACUGCACUCAAGCAGUACCAUUAAUGUUUUCUGAAUGGUAAAACAUGUGUUUACACUACCUGCCACGUUUACAGGUCGUUGGUAAAGGAAGAUAUCAUGGGCUGGUUCUUGUCUCUGACAACACAAUUUUAUACUUAUGCUUUUAUAAAGUGAAGCACUUUGUUACUAUCGAUGAGUCUUACUUCUGAACUGUCUGAAUCUUUGCCAAUCUGUCACCUGCAGACUGCUUAAAUCUGAUCCUAUGCUUCAAGUGCAUCUGUGUUAUAAAUGUUUACAUGUGAACAUUGCUGAAAAUAAGCACAUUCUCUUCUUUCUCUUCUAAUUAAGUCCUGAGGCCUUCGUUUGUAAUGUAUUGUAGAUUUUGAUUGUUUAUUGAUGUUUUAAUCUCUAAAUGGAAGUACUGUUAUAUAUGUAUUGUUGUCUACUGAAGAAUAAUGAAUAGAGCAACACUUAAUUUCUGAUAUAUCAAAUUUUGUUAUUAUAGAAUCUAAUUAUAACACCUAUAAGUGCAUUACAACAACAACAUGCAUGCGACAUAUAUACGACAGUUUAAGGGGUGGAAUGAACUGUAGCUGUUAAAUCCAAACUCGAUUACUUAUAGCGCACCAAAUGAAAUAUAUUUGAAAAAUAAAGAAAUGUAAAAACAGUUA